AGACCGUCCUGAGCAGAGGAAGCAGAACUGUCCCAAGAACAGGAGCGCCGAGCUAAAGCCCUCUGAAAAGAAGCCCUAGUCAAAACUGUGUCACUCAGCAAACUUCCUCUGAGAAAGAUCACAACGGGAUAAAGUAGGGGCAGUUUCCUUGCCUGGUAAGAGAAGGCAGUGGCACAAUGAGGAAGCAGCUUAUCGCCCACCUUGUAGGCUUUUGCUGGCUCGUCUGCUUCAAGGGGACUCAGCAUUUCUCCAGCGCUCUGAACAGGUGCGACGAUCCAAUGCUGUGCCCUGAUCACGCAACGUGCACCAACGCUGUCCAGGGCUACUACUGCACCUGCCGACCUGGGUUCGUAUCCACUUCGGGGGCCAUGAAGUUCACCGAUCCAGCCGUCCGUUGCCACGCUGACAGGUGCGUGGAUUCAUCUCUCUGUCCUGCUUAUGCAACCUGUGACAACGUCCCCGGGAGCUACCAGUGCACCUGCAAACGUGGGUUUGCAUCUAGCUCUGGGGAGCAGCACUUCACUGAUGGAACAGUGAAGUGCAACGAAAUUGACGAAUGCUCCCGGGACCCAUCGCCCUGCGGCCCCAGCUCCAUCUGCACCAACACACGGGGCAGUUACACCUGCAAGUGUCCCCCAGGCUACCUGCGCGGCAGCCAGCCUGGCAUCCCGUUCAACUGCACAGAUAUCGACGAGUGUCUGGAUGUGGCCUCAUGCCCUGCGUACGCCACCUGCACCAACACGCCAGGAAGCCACUACUGCACCUGCAAUCCCGGCUUUGCAUCCAGUUCUGGGGAGCAGCGCUUCACUGACCCAGCAGCGCAGUGCAACGAUAUUGACGAAUGCUCCCGGGACCCAUCGCCCUGCGGCCCCAGCUCCAUAUGCACCAACACACGGGGCAGUUACACCUGCACGUGUCCCCCAGGCUACCUCCCCCGCAGCCAGCCUGGCAUCCCGUUCAACUGCACAGAUGUGGAUGAAUGUGCCCAAAAUCCUGCAAUCUGUGGGCCCAAUGCCUCCUGCCUCAACACACCUGGGAGCUACACCUGCCAGUGCUCACCAGGGCACCGUCCGUCCAUGCCAGGACCUUGG